CGCGACACAGCCAUGACUGCCUUCAAGGGCAUCUGGACUAAAGAGUUCUGGCGCUGUGUGGGGGCUGAGUUCUUUGCCAUGCUGCUCUUCGUCUUGCUUAGUCUUGGAUCAACUAUCAACUGGGGGGCUGUUGAGGAGGAUCCCCGUCCCCCUGACCUGGUGCUCAUCUCUCUCUGCUUUGGCCUGAGUAUUGCCACCAUGGUGCAGUGCUUUGGCCACAUCAGCGGUGCUCAUAUCAACCCGGCAGUCACAGCAGCCAUGGUGGUGACUAGGAAGCUCAGUCUGGCAAAAGCAUUCUUCUACCUGCUGGCCCAGUGUGUAGGAGCCAUAGUUGGAGCAGCCAUACUGCACGGCAUCACCCCAGUUUCUGUUAGGGGUGGCAUGGGGGUCACCACGGUAAAUACGAGCAUCUCUGUGGGAAAUGCCCUGGUUGUAGAACUUUUUAUCACCUUCCAGCUGGUCUUCACUGUGUUUGCUACCUGUGACCACAAACGUAGCGACCUGAAGGGUUCAUCUGCUUUGGCCAUCGGCCUCUCAGUGUGUAUUGGUCACUUCUUUGCGAUUCCCUACACUGGAGCCAGCAUGAACCCUGCCCGAUCCUUUGGUCCAGCCGUGGUCACAUGGAGCUGGGAAAACCACUGGGUGUACUGGGUGGGUCCAUCUCUGGGCGGGGCUCUGGCCGCAGCCCUGUAUGAGUACCUGUUCUGUCCAGACCCAGAGCUGAAGAAACGUUACUCCCAGGCCUUCAUCAAAACACCCUUCACCUCUACCAUACACCGGCAGGACUCAGUCACGGCCCAGGAGCCUCUCUUCACCGUCAUGGAUGUGGAGAGAGCUGAGAGGAAGGAAAGGGAGAGGGAGGUAUCAGAGGAGGUGCUGUCGUCUGUAUGA